GGGGGGCAUAUAGUGUUACUAUAGUACACAUGUCCAUCCCGCCCUGUCCCGUCCCGUUCCGUUCCGAUUCAAUGUUAGUAGCUAACAUUAGGAACUGCCGAUGGGAUUCUAACCAAACUGUGUUUUGGGGUGUCAAGUGGCAGCGAGGCCAUUUAUGUCCAACAGACCAGUUAUCACUUUUUGGUCUGAUUUGUGGUUAAAGAUUGCUAUAUACCGGUAUUGGGAUUUAAUAGCAACAUUUUUUUACUUUUGAUAACGGUUUUUAAGGCAUCCUUUGGUUGCAGCACUACUGCAACUGAUUUUGUGCAUUCUUUGGGUAAUAUUCAAUAAAGAUCUUUGGUUUGAUUUUGAUAACACAUCUUAAAGAAAUAUGGUACCUGUAUGUGUACAAUGUAUAAUUUUUUGGGAAGAACUAUUGAUGACAUAGCAGGAAUGACAAAGUAGCAACUUUUUUUCUUUUUUUUAAACCUUCAUGGCUGGAGUGCUGGUUACCAUGGUAACUCUCUGUUGACAGGAUGGAUUUUUCACUGAGGCCCAGAUCAACAUGUUGACCAGAAAGUUGGGCGACCUAUUAGAAGAGGUGAGGCCAAAUGCAGUCACCUUUGUUGAUGCAUUUGAAUUCCACGACAACCAACUGGACAGCUGCCUUGGACGCAACGAUGGACAGGUUUACGAAGCACUGUACAAGUACGCCAAGUCCUCACCGCUGAAUGCUACCGAUGUUCAUAGCUCCUUCCACAAGUACCUAACUCCACUGAAGAACCAGGGAAGCAAGUUGUAGACCAUUCACCCAGGAAGUAUAUGAUUCAGACUGUGAUUUUACAUGACUCAAGGGUUGUCACCCUUAGUUUUCCUGCAGCAACAAUGGAUUAAAUACAAAAAAAAAAGAAAAUUGAACUAUCGGGAUCUAAACUGAAUAG